GUCAGCACAAUUAACUGUCAGAAUGAAAAUCAAUGUGGAUGGCCUGUUGGUGUAUUUUCCGUUUGACUACAUUUAUCCGGAACAGUAUAUGUACAUGCUGGAGCUGAAGCGGUCCUUGGAUGCAAAAGGUCACUGUGUGUUGGAGAUGCCUUCUGGAACAGGAAAAACCAUCACAUUACUUUCUCUCACGGUGGCUUAUAUGAAGACCUAUCCUCUAGAUGUCACUAAAGUGAUCUACUGCUCCAGAACAGUACCAGAAUUAGAAAAGGUGGUUGAGGAACUGAAGAAUCUGAUGCAGUACUAUGAGAGGGAGGCAGGGGAAGAACGACCGAAGAUCAUGGCACUCGCUCUCAGUUCAAGGAAAAAUCUCUGUAUUCACCCGGAGGUGAGUCAGAAUCAGGAUGGUAAGACUGUAGAUAGUAACUGCCACCAGCUGACAGCAACGCAUGUACGGAUGAGACACAAGAGAGACCCCGAAAAUGUUCCCUCCUGCAGUUUCUACGAGAAAUUUGAUAUGAAUGGAAGAGAGGUUCCCUUAUCUGAAGGAGUAUAUGGUUUGGAUGAGCUCAAAGAUUUUGGAAGACGAAGAGGAUGGUGUCCUUAUUUUUUGGCAAGAUACGCUAUUUCCCAUGCAAAUAUUGUUGUGUACAGCUACUACUAUUUGUUGGAUCCUAAGAUUGCAGACUUGGUGUCCAAGGAACUCUCAAAACAAUCCAUUGUUAUAUUUGACGAAGCUCAUAAUAUAGAUAAUGUAUGUAUAGAAUCAAUGAGUGUAACUAUCAGUAGACGAACACUGGACAAAUGUACCCAGAAUGUAGAAGCCCUCACCAAACACAUCAACAGAAUCAAAGAUUCUGACACAGAUCGUCUUCAAGACGAGUAUAGGAGAUUGGUUGAUGGGCUGAGGGAGGCACACAUCAACAGAGAAACUGACGUUGUUCUCUCUAAUCCAGUAUUACCAGAUCAAAUUCUCCAAGAGGCUGUGCCAGGUAAUAUACGAAAUGCUGAGCACUUUCUUGCCUUUAUGAAGAGAUUCCUCGAGUACAUGAAGAUCCGUCUGCGGGUUCAGCAUGUCGUGUCAGAGAGCCCACCUUCAUUUCUAAAGGACUGCGCACAAAAAGUCUGCAUAGAUCGUAAACCACUUCGGUUUUGUGCUGAAAGACUGAGGUCUUUGCUUAGAACACUAGAAAUUAUUGACCUUCAGAGUUUCACCCCUCUUACUCUCAUGUCUCACUUCGCCACACUUGUCAGCACCUACACAAAAGGUUUUUCUCUCAUCAUUGAGCCAUUUGAUGAUCGAACACCAACGAUAUCUAACCCGAUCCUAAAUUUUAGCUGCAUGGAUGCCUCCAUAGCCAUCAAACCUGUGUUUGAUCGCUUCCAGUCUGUUGUUAUCACAUCUGGAACUUUGUCCCCAUUAGAUAUGUAUCCUAAGAUCUUGGACUUUCGACCAGUAACCAUGGCAUCCUUCUCUAUGACACUGGCCCGUACCUGUAUAUGUCCCAUGAUUGUCAGCAAAGGGAAUGACCAAGUGGCCAUGAGUACAAAGUUUGAGACUAGAGAAGACAUAGCUGUAAUUCGUAACUAUGGCAACCUUUUGGUAGACUUUUCUGCAAUAGUUCCAGAUGGGAUUGUAUGUUUUUUUACGAGCUAUGUGUACAUGGAAUCCACAGUGGCCUCCUGGUAUGAACAGGGGAUCAUUGACCAGGUACAGAAACACAAGUUGCUGUUUAUAGAGACACAGGAUGGUGCAGAGACAACACUGGCCCUUCUCAACUAUCAAAAGGCUUGUGAGAAUGGUAGAGGAGCUGUGCUGCUGUCAGUGGCAAGAGGCAAAGUUUCGGAAGGAAUUGAUUUUGAUCAUCACUUUGGCCGUGCUGUAAUCAUGUUUGGCGUGCCAUAUGUUUACACCCAGAGUAGGAUUCUUAAGGCUCGACUCGAGUACCUGCGGGAUCAGUAUCAGAUCAGAGAGAAUGAUUUCCUCACAUUUGAUGCCAUGCGACAUUCUGCGCAGUGUCUGGGACGUGUUCUCCGUGGGAAGACAGAUUAUGGAGUUAUGGUGUUUGCUGACAAGAGGUUUGCUCGUGCUGACAAGCGGGGAAAGUUACCUCGCUGGAUGCAGGAAAACCUAUCGGACAAUCUUUGUAACCUAUCAACAGAUGAAGCUGUUCAGGUAUCUAAACGAUUCCUCAGACAAAUGGCACAGCCUUUCAGCAGGGAGGAUCAGCUGGGACUGUCUCUACUCACACUGGAACAGCUGGAGUCUGAAGAGAUGCAGAAAAAAAUACAGCAGAAGAUGGUCCUAAUCAGUUGAUGGUGUAAGAUGAUCAGUCAUUCCUAUAGACAAUUCAGAAAUUGGCUUGAAUCUGGUAGCAACAUGACAAGCUAAUAUCAUGUGAAGUGCAUGUCUUAUUCAGAUGGUGUUUAUCUAACUUAGUUAGAUGCUGUUUGGUCGAGAUAGAUGUGUAUGCAGUAUUCCAUUUGCUUUGUUCGGAAAGCAUUCCUUACUUUUUCUAAUUCAGGUGUGUGACUAUUGAGUUGCUGAGUUCAGAUAGAUUGUGUGACUCAGAGAAGUUUUUCCACUUCAAGUGGUGUGUAGAACUCAGUUUCUGUAGUACUGAACUCAGGAUUUUCAGUGCUUCAUUUGGUGUGUGUGACCGAGGAGUGUCUGUAGUUCAGAUGUGUGUAUGAAUCAGGAUUUUCAGUGCUUCAUUUGGUGUGUGUGACCCAGGAGAAUCUGUAGUUCAGAUGUGUGUAUGAAUAAGAAUUUUCAGCGCUUCAUUUGGUGUGUGUGACCGAGGAGUGUCUGUAGUUCAGAUGUGUGUAUGAAUCAGGGUUUUCAGCACUUCAUUUGGUGUACAUGACUCCUUGAAGAUUCUGCUCUUCAUUGUAUGAUGCGGGAGUUUCUUAGUUCAGAUGGUGGGUGUGUCUGUGGAAGUCUAUAUUUGAUAAGCUCAAUUGGUGCUAGUGUCAGACUGAUGCAUGACUGACUCACAGAAAGAUGUUUGGUACAGAAUAUGGACAUCUGAAUGGUUCAGAUUACGUGUUUCAUUAAAAUUCCUUUGUGCCUUGAUCAGAGGAUGUCCAUCUUUUUCAGGUUGUCAAGUUUCAAACUGUUUACUCUGCAGUAGUAUAUGGUUAAGCAUGUCUAGAAAAAAAAUUCCAAACUUACCCAGUACUUAAAACCUAUCUCUAAGACAUCUGCUGAACCAUACAGUAUGUUCAUCCUUUACAUCAGGUACCUGGGUACUGUGAGAAUUGUUAUAAUCCAGUUGUAUAGCAACAGAUUAUGAUCUUAGUGCAAAUAUCUGACGUUUGUUUUGAUAUGCAUUUGAAUAUUAUACAUUCUUUUCCAAAACAUUGAACUCUGUAGAAUAUUGUGUACAGACAAUUGAUUACAUAAUAUUUAUUCAUUAGAAGAAAACAUUUCAUGAAUAAAAUACUUCAUAAAUAUUUC